GAUGACGUUCACGCAUUCUGUCAAAAACAAGCUCUCGCUAGUUUCGUUUCGGUGCUCGCUACGAAUAUGACGAACUUGUCCGCUGAUUCUCGAAGGUCUGCUGCUGUUGCUAUUGUUGCUGGUACCACUUCAAGCAUUAAAGUGCCCGUAGUGUGAAACGACGUAUCGUCGCGUUGAAUGAGAUUGAGUAGACGUGUGUGACGAGGAAGGCAGCACGCGGUCUCCCGUGGACGACACAGUGGUCGAAGCGAGAAAGCGAAAGAGAGAGAGAGAGAUAGUUAGAGCGCGAGGUAAAUCUGGUUACGUAGACCCCUCGAUGAUCAGUGCACCAACACAACAGUCGAGUGACGAGAUGUUACCCAUCUCUUUCGUGCCGGUGUGAACUGGGACCGAAGGCGAUGUGCUCGAGCGAGUAGGCAACACUGUCUGUUCUGUAGGGUGUGUUAGUUUUUCCGUAUAGCUGCUUGGCUCAGUGCGCUAGUGGAAAUUGUUGACGUGUGUACCACCUAUAUUAUUGCGAUUAUAGAGCUAUUUUUUUUCCCUCUACAUCGCUCUGUUCGUAGUGACGGAGCAGUAUACGUAAGAGAACACCGAUACGAUUAGUGGAUCCGUUGAUUAGCGGACGACGACCAGUUUGAAGGUCACUCUUCAGUUCGGCUGAGGUGUGCACCAGUGCAAAACCAAAACACAAAAAAAAAUCGAACAACAACCAGCCAGCCAGCCAGCGGUUUAUUAUUGCACGUGUGUUUAUCGAGCUAACCGCUCGACGGCGACGGCGACGGCGACGGUCACAGUCCCGUCCCGAACCACAUCCGACGAUCCGGUUAACGCUUGCAAAGGACAAAAGGCUGCAGCAAAAUUUCAAACUGGCGGGAAACUCACGGGGGCUCUGGCAGCUGAAGCAGGAGGCAAUGGACAACAUGGUCGAGGAGAACGGAUCCUCCUCGCUGGACCCACUGGCCAACAACGACCAGCACAACAGUAGUUCAAGUUCUGGUGGUGGACCGGGACCGGGACCGGCCAACAGUGCCAGUUCCGAAAGCAUCAAUUCUCCCGCAAACGUUGUACAAAUUCUGCCGGCAUCGCAAACCACUGGCAGCGUACAGACACAUUCAGUGAUACAACAGAACCAGCAGUCGGUCAUACAGACGGCGGCCGGUCAGAUACCGGCGUUACCCCGAGGCGUAUUAUUAGUGUGUAACAAACCCAACUCAGUAAUCCACACUACGCAAGGUAGUUUGCAGGCUAUUCAGAUUAAACCAGAGCCGAAUGUCGGCAGCGGUGGCAGUAUAAUGACCGAUACCAACAGCGACGACACGUUGUCGGACGACGAGACGCCCAAAAAGCGAAGAGAUUUACUAACCCGCCGACCAUCCUAUCGUAAGAUUCUGAGCGACCUCGGCGGAGCAGAAAUUGCAAACGCCCAAAGCCCAGACGGCCCAGGACUGCAUGCGAUAGCAGCAACCGGCGGUGGCGUAGUGCAAUAUACCCAGGCCCAGGAUGGUCAAAUUUACGUACCUCAUCUCUUUCCCAAUGCAGUCAUGGGCGGCAACGUGCAGCUGGAGGAUCAGUCCCGCAAGCGGGAAAUGCGCCUGCAGAAGAAUCGGGAAGCGGCACGCGAGUGUCGGCGCAAGAAGAAGGAAUACAUCAAGUGCCUGGAGAACCGAGUGGCCGUACUGGAGAAUCAGAACAAGGCUCUGAUCGAGGAGCUGAAGUCACUGAAGGAGCUCUACUGUCAGCAAAAGAACGACUGAGGACAGCCCGAGAACGACGACAUACCUGCCACUGCUGCUACCAUUGUUGUUGUUGCUUCUGUCAACCGAGGGAACUUCAGUGCAAGUCCCUCGCGGUAGACACAAAAACACACACCUCCAUCGAAUAGGAUUAUGUCAGACUAUUUUGUACCAAGGAAUCUUGGUAGUGACAAACAAAACAAAAAAGGAAAAAAAUAAAUAGAAAGGGGUUUGUGGGUAAUUUUCUUCCCAUUGUUCCCCUUUGGACAGAGUACACUCGUUUAAAGAUCCAUCCAAAACACAUAUACAUACAGAACAUACACACAGACACACACACACACACACACACACACACACACACACACACACACACACACACACACACACACACACACACACACACACACACACACACACACACACACACAGACAAACAAA